AUGCCUCUCCCAAAGAACCGCAAGCUCUUGAAGCUCUCUGACGAGCUGGUAGACACGAUGCGUACGACUUUCGACAUUCCGCAAAACUCUCCAAAGCACCCAUAUUCACCAACCCCUCCACUCACCUCCUCAUGCGAUAUAGCACCGACACCGGCUUCAAGAACCUUCCCGACAACCGCGAGAACGGCUCCCGCGGCUUCGCAAUCCGUUUCGUCUUCUCCGGCGACGGCCGCACACUACGACAUCAUCACCAACAACUCCUUCGGCUUCAUCGUCAGCACAGGCGAGGGUUUCUUGGAGCAGUUUAAAGCCGUGAAAGCUGGCAAGAUGAACGAGUGGGUCGAGGCAAAUCCGCAUGCGAAGUGUUUUCCAGGAAAACCAGGCGCCAAGUCAUAUCGGUGCUUGCAAAAAUUUGCCGGAGCCUCUGGAGACUAUAGUGAAGGAGUACCCAUUGCUCUGUUGUCAUUUCAUACCCGAUUCUUUGCCACACCUCCGCAUCACGAUAUGGUGACUUACAGGAUCUCUCAUCCCUCACAUUCUCAGCCAUCUCAACUCUUCUCUCAGCCGACUAUCCUUCACCAAAACAGCUGUACUUUCACCCCCAUCCACCUCUCCGACGACGACAAUGACGCACUAUUUGUUAGCGGAGGUUCCGGUGAAGAUCCCAGUCGAAGUAUUUUUGAUUCUGAUGAGUUUGAUGACGCUGGCAAGCGUGACGGUGAAGGAGAUGACUGGGAGGAGAUGGAGGCGGAGGGUCUAGAGGAAGAGCAAGCGGCUGAGUUGAGGGAGAUGAAUGAAGAGGUGGAAGGUGUUGAGUUUCUAGCUCAUUGGAGGGUGUUUUGUGGAAAAGAGAGAGUUGGAGCAAUGGAAAACACAGAGGAGGACUCUUCGCCAGCUCCAGCCACUGCGGCAAGCAAGCCAAAAGGUAUCAUGGCUCACUCUGAUAGUGAGCCCUCAGCCGGAACAGUACUUAUUGCCAUCCCAACUCAGUUGGGCCUGACACUUUUUGGGUGGUCAACUAUCGCGUCAGUUCCUUCACCACCACCAUCUACUUUACCAGUCAAACAAAGGACACCUGAUGGGUACAAACCCUCUGAGAAGAGCGCUCCGAGUCCCUCAGGCGACUCCUUCACUGCCUCCGCCAAAAACGUGUCGAACAGCAAAGCCUCCGGUCCCACAAGGAUCUCAUGGUGGAUUUUGAUCUUAUACUCUGACCCUCCUCUACCACAGGAGGGACCCACGGUGGACACAGGCAAGGAGCCGGGUCAUCCCAAAGGAUUUCAGCCACGAAUCGCCAGGAACAAGGCUUGGGUGAAGCCCGAGGCAUGCUCAUAG